CAACCACAAACUUGGCUGCUGAUUUUUAUUUUUAGCACACAGUAAUAAGAUACUAUAGAGAUCCUCAAUGUGGGCGGCUUCAUCGAAUCAGAUCCUCCCGUGUUGUCCCGCACUGGCACUUUCCUUGCCUCUAUCCCACCUAUCCCACAUAUCCCACUCCCGAUUCUCCAAUAAAGUGGUUCACACUCCGCCCUUGUCCGGCAUGGAUCUUCGUUCGUGUAAGAGCGUCACCCCGCCAGCCAAGCCCCACCGCCUCAACUGGAACACGAAGAGAGGGAACGGGUGAGGGGGGGCAAGGGGGGCGGUGGACUCAAAUGAAUUGAACAGGAGGCCAUGACGACUCUCUUUCCAAGCUUUAUAAACACCCAUUGACCACCACCAACUUUCUUUAUCCCAUUCAUUCCCUCUCCAUAUCCCAUUGUACACCUCAAGCUUCAAAGCUUCAAAGCUACCAACCAACCUCUCCCACCCUCCCACCUUCCACAACCCCCCCAACAACAAAACCACCACCACCCACCAUGGAAGCCGCCCAAACCCUCCUCCACAAGCUCACCAGCUCCUCCCCCUCCUCCCCCCCCCAACCCACCGCCACCGAGCUCCAGCAGCUCCGCGACACCUACGAGCGCGCCUCGCAAUCCCACGUCUUCGCCUUCUACGACACCCUCACCCCCACCGAGCAAGCGACCCUCUACGCCCAGCUCUCGCAAUUCGACCCCGCGCGCAUCAACGAGAUCACCGACCGCGCCCUCAACCCGCCGAAGGUAGCUGAAGAUGCACCACACGCGGGUCUCGAGCCGCUCCCCGAAAGCGCUACAGCCAGCAUUCUCGACUCCGCACCCGAAGAUCUGCAGUCCUGGAAUGACGCCGGGCUGGACCUGAUCGCUGCCGGGAAAGUGGCUGUGCUCCUCCUCGCUGGGGGGCAGGGGACAAGACUCGGCAGCUCCGCGCCAAAGGGAUGUUACGACAUUGGACUCCCUUCUAAGAAAUCCCUCUUCCAGAUCCAAGGUGAGCGCAUCCGCAAGAUCCAGCGCCUGGCCGAGAAGAAAUCCGGCGCCGCGAUCGGCUCCGUCACCGUGCCCUGGUACGUGAUGACCUCCGGCCCGACGCGGGGGCCAACAGAGGCGUAUUUCCAGGAGCACGAGUACUUUGGGUUGAAGAAGGAGAAUGUGCAUAUCUUCGAGCAGGGCGUGCUGCCGUGCAUCUCUAACGAGGGGAAGAUCCUGUUAGAAUCUAAGGGCCGUGUUGCGGUUGCGCCGAAUGGGAAUGGUGGGAUUUACGAGGCGCUUGUGACGUCUAAUAUCACGGCUGAUAUGAGGGAGAGGGGGAUUGAACAUAUCCACGCGUAUUGUGUUGAUAACUGCCUCGCCAAGGUCGCAGACCCAGUAUUCAUCGGUUUUUCGGCCUCAAAGAACGUUUCCAUCGCCACGAAGGUCGUGCGUAAACGCAACGCCACCGAGUCCGUCGGCCUCAUCCUCCUCAAGAACGGCAAGCCAGACGUAGUCGAGUACUCCGAGAUCGACACCGCGACCGCCGAGGCAAAGGACCCCAAGCAACCCGACGUGCUGAAAUUCCGCGCCGCAAACAUCGUAAACCACUACUACUCCUUCGCCUUCCUCGAAACCAUCCCCGCCUGGUCGGCGCAGCUCCCUCACCACGUCGCGCGCAAGAAGAUCCCCUUCGUCGACCCUACCAGCGGCGAGACCACCAAGCCGGAGAAACCGAAUGGGAUUAAACUCGAGAUGUUCAUCUUUGACGUGUUCCCCCUCCUCGACUUGGAGAAGUUCGCGUGUAUGGAGGUGAGGAGGGAGGAUGAGUUUAGUCCGCUUAAGAAUGCGAGGGGAACGGGGGAGGAUGAUCCGGAUACUAGCAGGAGGGAUGUGAUGGCGCAGGGAGAGAGGUGGGUGAGGGAGGCGGGGGGGGUGGUGGUGUCAGAGGGGGAGAAGAAGGGGGUUGAGAUUUCGCCGUUGGUGAGUUAUGGGGGAGAGGGGCUGGAGAAGUUGAAGGGGACGGAGAUUGUGGCGCCGGCGGUGUUGGAGAAGGAGUUGGAGUAGGGAGGGGCUGCGAGGAGGGGAGUCUUGGUGGGGAGUGUAAAAGGGAAUAGUCAGUUUAGGCGUCAGAGUGAGGCUUUGCCUGUAGUUAUGUCUGGGCUAGAGAAAAGCAGUAGAAAUAUGUUAUUUGUUCUCCUCACUUAGUCGCACUUGAUUCCUGUGAAUAACCAUGAACUUCU